GAGCUUCAAAGACUGCCGCUCCCACAAUGGCUCGCAGUAUCCUACUUACGAGGAGGCCACGCUGGCGACGGGCAUGUUUGCCAAGGACGACGAGGCCGCCCGGGUCAUCCAAGAACUCGUGGAAUUACGGUACACGGCCCACCAGCUACGUUUCGUUUUUGUUGUGUUCCUCGACCUCGAUGCUAAGCCGACGACGUUGUACAACGCAUUCGAGAAGCACCUGAUGAAAUACUUUCUCGACCGAGGGAUGGCGCCGUCUACUGCUGCGGCGGAAUUGAAGCGAUGCUUGCGCCUGGCUGCGGCUGCGCAGGACCGUGCCGACGCGUUGGCCUUCUUGGACGCGCCCGUACCCAUAGCAUCAACGAGCAGGCAGUCCACCGACAGCACUCCUCCUAGAACAGCCACGGCGACCACCCCAAUUUUCCACGCACUCCAGGCUCGCGUGCGCAGCGACUCAGAGCAGCGCGCGGCCACCGCGACAAUCACUAGACACAUCACCGCCAAUGCCUCCAAGUUCGUCUUCGUCCACGGCGCCGCCGGCGCGGGCAAGUCCACGGUGGCCCAAUACGUGCAUUACUACACAGAAUCUCUCGGCAAGUCCUGCGUCAACGUGGCCACGACAGGCCAGGCCGCCCUUCUCUUACCUCAUGGCGCCACGGCCCACUCCACGUUCAAGAUACCUCUGGGAGACGAGGAUCCAUUGACGUGCAAUCUGGGCUUGCAAACUGCUGAGGCCGCGCGCCUAGCUCGCGCUUCAGUCAUACAGUGGGACGAGUGGCCUGGAGCGAAAAGGACAGCGUGGGAUGCCGUUGUGCGUUUUCUGGGCACCCUCCAGAAGGCAGCCCCAGACACUUACUCCCCCAAGGUCAUUGUGUGCUACGGGGACUUCCGCCAGAUCCCUCCUGUCCUCAAGCACGCGUCCAGACGCGACAUUGUUGCAAUGAGCGUGCGUUCGUCAUCAACGUGGGACCAUUUCGAAUGCCACCGGCUCACUACCAAACACCGCCAACAUGCUGAUCUCACGUACGCUCGCUGGAUCGAGACUGUCGGCAAUGGAACCGCCGAGGCGAAGCACUCCGUGGAUGGUACUCCCGGUUACUUGGAACUGCACCUCUGCCCAACCAUAUUGGAACCCCGCGAGGCCAUUGAUUUCUGCUUCCCACACCCGAACGACGCAAAUGCUUGCGCAAAGUCCAAGAUCUUGGCCGUCACCAACGAUACCGUCGACGCGUUCAACGACAUGGUCCUGGACAUCCUCGCACACACCCACCUUCGCGACGAAUGCCAUCGGUUCAGCGCCGACUGCAUAGAGAUCGACCGGGACGAUCAGUUCAUCGAACCUCACGUGGCGCCCGAAUUUCUGAACGUCCAAACUGAACGCGGUGUGCCUCCCCACCGCAUUCGACUCAUCGUGGGCGCACUUUGCGAAAUUAUGAGGAACUUUAGCUCCCAGGACCGUCUGAUGAACCAUGCCCAGGUGGUCCUCGUCGCCGUUCACGACAACCACGUGGAUGUCGAAACGUUGGACGGCAGACGCUUCCCUUUACCGCGGAUCUGCUUCCGCUGGAGCUUGGCCAAAGGUGCGACAAUCAUCGUGCGCCGACAAUUUCCAUUGCGCCCGGCGUACGCCUCCACCCUCAACGGCGCCCAGGGCAGCACCCUGGCCAGAUGCGUCAUCGACCUGCGACGCAGCCCCUUUACGCACGGGCACCUGUACGCGGCGCUCAGCCGGGCGAGCAUCAAGAACGCGCUCCUGGACACCGCCACGGCGCCGAGCAGCGCGCCAGUGCAAGGUCAGCGGAAGCAAGCAUCGCUGUACACCAUCGCGGUGAACGUGGAGAUGAUCGACAUCCCAGGGAAGAAGAACGCCGGCUCGCGCGUGACCUUCGCGGACGGCGCCAGCCUAAAGGCCACGCAGCCGGCCAACCGCCGCGGCCUCAGUACUUUGUCGGCACGCGCGAUGGAGCGGGUUGGCCUCCCCAGCACCCCGAGUGGCGUGUGCAAGACCAAUGCGAGCUUCAUGCCCCCGACUGCCGCCGCCAACCCGACGCACGGUCGCAGUUGGGCGUGGGUGGCCGCCGCCUACGGGCAGUCCGACGCGGCCGCGACCAAGGCUUGCAACUACAUCGGCCAGAUCACGGAGCACGUCCUGACCAACGCGUUCCUGGCCGCGGACAUGACCGUUCCCGCCGCACCGAACCAGACCGCAUGGAGUGCACAGGCGAAGGUACUUUCUAACCGAGUUUCCCUCACGCGCACAGGCACCAAGCACACCUCCGAGCCGUGCACCAUCACUGAGUUGCUGAACGUCGCGAUCACCAUCGCGCCGAACGUGCCCGCCAAAGUCCACAACGCCUUGAAGACGCGGGCAUCUCAGCACGGCAGCGUCGUGGCCUUCACCCAGCCCGUCACGCCAUCGGCUUCCUCUUCUUCCACGCCGCAGGCCUCCGUCGGCUUCGCCCCGUCGAAGAAGCCCGCCACGAAGCACCCGGUGACGAAGACCAUCGCGAAGACGAAGGCCGCAGUGCGGCGCCGCCCCAGCUGCAAGUGA